CGUUCCUCCAAACGUGAAGGUCAUGCCCUGGGUACCUCAGAAUGAUCUACUGGGUCAUCCAAAGACCCGAGUAUUUCUUUAUCAGGGAGGCAACAACGGGUUCCAGGAAGCCUGCUAUCACGGUGUACCCAUAGUCGUCGUCCCGCUCCACGCGGACCAGUUCGACGUCGCCGCCAGGGUCGUAGCUCGAGGGAUGGGCAGGAAGAUCGACAAGAUGGCUGCCAGUGCUGAUGUUAUCUAUGAUACCUUACAGGACGUCAUCAGUGAUCCAAAGUACGCUGCAGUGGCUAAAGAGGUUGCUACCAUCAUCAGAGAAAGGCCCAUGCAGGCACGAGAACGCGCAGCAUUCUGGAUUGAACACGUGAUCAAAUAUGGCGGACAGUACCUCAAAACAUCUGCAAGGGAUCUUUCCCUCAUUGAGUUUUUCAUGAUCGACGUCCUCGCAUUUCUUCUACUGCUUGCCACAGCGUUUCUUCUUAUAGUUAUAUUUGGGGUUCGUUUAUGUUGUCGAAUGGUUUGUGGAAAGAGGAAAGCAAAAUUAGACUGAGAUCAUAUAGGGUGCCUCUAGAUGGAGGGGGUGUUGCGGGGUAUGCAUGCCCCCCCCCCCAUAAUGGGCGUACGAGGUGGGAUGAGGGCCUGCUGAUCUUAAGCUCCUCAAGAUUGGGUAAUUAAAAACACCCUUGCAAUCAUAUUUCGGCACCAGUUGCCUCAUAUCAAUGGCACCUAUAGGUAGUCUAUUAGAAUAUGUUAAAAUCUCCUUUAUAAUUAGUACAUUGUUAUACAAAAAAAUGAAUCUACAAUACAAUAAGUGUCAAUUUCGCUCACUUCCAUACUCAAAACUUUCAUAAAAAGGGGAGAGGGGGAUCUAAUAUUCGACAUUGUGAAAUCCCUCCCCAUAUAUAUUUUCUGUUUGUAAAUCUUUAAGAGAAAAAAAAUGUAUUUAGCAUUAUAUCGAUAAAUCCUCUAAUAAUUUGAUUAUUAAUUUAUUUAUCCUUGCAUGUGGAAGAUAAAAUGAUCCGAUGUGUUUCAAAUUUUAGAUUCUGA